AUGAAGAUCAUCAGCUAUAACAUUAGAGAUGAUGCCAAGAGGCAAAGACGGGAAGCUUUAUUGUUUAAAGCGGACUUUGAAAAGGCAUUUGAUACAGUGGAUUGGAAAUUCUUGGAUUACAUGAUGGAGAAAAUGGGAUUCAGCGAAAAAUGGAGAAAUUGGAUCUCAGAAUGUUUGAGAACUUCAAAAAUUUCGGUACUGGUCAAUGGGAGUCCCACAGAAGAAUUUUCGGCAGGGAGAGAAUUGAGACAAGGAGAUCCCUUGUCUCCUUUUCUUUUCAUGCUGGCAGCAGAAGGCUUCAAUCUAAUGAUGGUCAGUAGUGUACAAAGAAAUCUCUUUGAUAGCUAUGAGUUCGGGAAUGGUGAAGUGAAAGUUUCUCAUAUUCAAUAUGCUGACGACACUAUAGUGAUGGGCAGAAAGAGUUGGAAGAACGUUUUGGCAAUCAAAUCGACUUUGCAACUAUUCGAACUAGUGUCGGGAUUAAAGGUAAACUUUCACAAGAGUUCACUAAUUGGUAUCAAUGUCUCUCUAGAUUGGUUGGAGGAGGCGGCAUCGGUUCUUAAUUGCAAGGUGGGAAAUACUCAGUUUAAAUACUUAGGGCUUGCUGUCGGAUGUAAUCACCGUAGGAAAGGCAUAUGGAAACUGGUGAUCGACAUAGUUAGAAACAGAUUAACAUCUUGGAACAAUAAUCAGCUGUCAAUUGGUGGUCGUAUCGUGCUUCUUAAGUCAGUUCUGCUUUCUCUACCAGUAUAUUACCUCUCCUUCUUUAAGGCCCCGUGGAAAUGGAGGCUUCUUACUGAAAAGAAGAUAUUGUGGGUAAAAGUUCUGGAAUGUAAGUACGGGGAGAUCGGAUGUGGAGGAGGCAGGGUUGACAAAUUUAGUUCUCUAUGGUGGAGAGACUUACAGUCCUUAGACAAGGAGGAAGGAAGAUUUAGGCAAAAUUGGUUUGAUUCUAAUUUAGUCAGAGAAGUAGGAGAUGGAUCAGAAUCACUUUUUUGGGAUGAUCAGUGGUUGGAAGGAAAAAACAUUAAAAAUACAUUCCCGGAGCUGCAUAGGCGGGCUAGUGAUAAGAAAUCUUCGGUGAGGGAGGCGCUUAGAAAUGAGGACGGGAAUUUAGUUUUGAACUACAAUUGGGAAUGCAACUUAGAAGGCGAAGAUCAAAUUCGAGUGGAUGAACUGGGACGAUAUGAAAUUGGCGGCGGCGUAAUCCCUUUGAAGGUCUCGGUCUUAGCUUGGAGAGUGUGGCAAAACAGAAUUCCCACUAGAGAUAAUCUUGUUAAGAGAGGCAUCUUGGUUGACUCUCAAAAUUCAUGCCCAUUUGGCUGCGACGAAGAGGAAAGUGUCUCUCACAUUUUCUUCGAAUGUCCGCUAGCUUGGAAUGCAUGGAGCGAGGUCCUGAGAUGGCUCGGUUUUUUAUAUGUUUCUCAUAACUCUGCAUUGCAGAAUUUCGAUCAUUUUGCAGGUAUCAGUAGUGGCGGAAAAGUGCUGAAAGACAGACUUUCUGUCAUUUGGUUCACGUGUCUUUGGACAAUCUGGAAAAGGAGGAACGAGGAGAUUUUCGGGUGGGUUCUGCAGAGUUGGUUUCUGCAAAGGGCUGGUGAAAAGACAUUAGGAAGGGUGAUGUUAGAGUGUGGUUCUGGUUUGGUUAGGCAAGUGCUGGCAGUUGGCGAAAGAAAGGCCGUGUCGGCACUCAAUGUUUCUGAGGUAGUAUCAUGGUGUAUCGGUGUUUCGGUAAUUUUGGAGGCGGUUCGAACGGAUUUGGUUGGAAUUGAACGUCUGCUGGAGUAUUGGCAAGGGAGGGUGGAAGUACAUUAUGUUUAG